UUUUCCCUUCUCUCUGUUUCGUCAGGACGUGUAAAAGUGUUGCGCCGUCGUAGCAGAGUUGUUUUGAAGUACUUUAAUAAAAGUUUUUCCUUUUACAACAGUUUAAUUUUUGUAAAAACAUAAAUACGUAUAGUAGUUUAGCCUUCAUUUAUUGCCUUCCUGACCUCGAAAGGUUUGUCGUGGUAGAGUAAUGGCGCUGAAGCGUUUCGGGGGUUUGACACAAAUUUUAGGGACAAUUUGUCAACUUAAACCAUUUGGACCUUUUAAACGGACAAGUUUGGGGUCAUUAAAAUCCUACAGCGCUUCAGCGGGAGGCGAAGACAGCCAGACAGGCCAGACUGUGGUCUCGGAGCGACGGGGAUCUGUGGUCACGGUGGAGAUAAACCGGCCAGAGGUGCGUAACGCGGUGAACCAGGAGACAGCGAGGCGUCUGCUGGAGGAGCUGCAGGCCUUCGACAGUGACCCACACUUGAAUGUUGCUGUCCUGCACGGCAAAGGAGGGAAUUUCUGCGCUGGUUAUGAUCUGAAAAUGCUAGCCAAUCAGAAAAUCCCCCAUAAAUUGGAGCAAGAUGUCACUGAGGCUCCUGGUCCAAUGGGUCCGUCCCGUUUGCGUCUCUCUAAGCCGCUGAUUGCAGCGGUGAGCGGCUUUGCCGUGGCGGGAGGCCUGGAGCUGGCUCUGCUGGCCGACCUGAGGGUGCUGGAGGAGAGCGCUGUCCUGGGAGUCUUCUGCCGCAGGUUUGGAGUCCCCCUGAUUGAUGGAGGCACAGUGCGACUCCCACGUCUCAUCGGUCUAUCGAGAGCUCUCGACCUGAUUCUGACUGGGCGGCCAGUGGGAGCGCAGGAGGCUCUCGCCUACGGACUGGCCAACAGAGUUGUCCCUGACGGCCAAGCUUUAGAGGCCUCGCUGCAGUUAGCCGAGCAGAUCAGCUCCUUCCCGCAGAAGUGUCUGCGGGCGGACCGCUCCUCGGCCGUGUUCAGCUGCUACGACGCGUCAUCCUUCACACAGGCCAUGCAGCAUGAAUUUGACCACGGAGUUGCCGUUGUCGAGGAAGAAUCCAUCAGAGGAGCCAAACAAUUCACUGCUGGAGCAGGAAGAGGAGGAAAGUUCUCCCAGGAAUGAGCUUGAAAGGGCCAUGUGAUUUGGGUUUCAGGUGAUCUUCCUGUAUCCUUGUUGUGCUGUUAUUUAUUUCUGUUUUUAGAGAUAAAACACAGUGAUAAGAUUGUUUUGUCCUUUUAAUUUCUCAGUCUGGAGCAGCUUUACGGCUAUAGACCUUCCUUUAUUUUAGACAGUUUUUAAUAUAUAUAUAUAUAUACGUCUUUGUUGAAUGUUUUUAAUCUCACAUUUAAGA